AUGUCUAAGCAAUUGAUGGCAAACAAAAAAGACGAACGCGGCCAAACAGCUCUACAUGUCGCUGCUGAGAAUGGUAAUUUGGACGACGUUGAAAAGCUAAUUGUGAAAAAAGCCAAAGUUGAUUCGACAGACAAACUACAGCGCAAACCUCUUCAUUUGGCUGCUUGGAAAGGUCACACGAAUGUCGUUGAUUUUCUCAUCACGAAAGGAGCCAAUGUUAAUUCUGAAGAUCACAUUCAACAGACACCUCUUCAUUUGGCUGCUAUGAAUGGACACAAGGAUGUUGCUGAAAGGCUUAUCAGCAAUGGAGCCAAAGUUGAUGUUAAAGACUAUUAUAAACGGACAGCUCUUCAAUACGCCGCUAAGAAUGGUAACAAGGAACUCGCCGAACUUCUCAUUAAAGACAAUGUUAAUGAAAAAGAUGGUUAUGAACUGACUCCACUUCACUACGCUGCUCAAAGUGGUCACAAAGAUGUCGCUGAACUUCUCAUCAGUAGAGGAGCCUAUGUUAAUGCUAGAGAUGAAAAGAAUCGGACACCUCUUCAAAUAGCUGUUCACAGUGAUUUCAAGGAUAUGGUUAACUACCUCAGAGAAAAGGGUGGACAAAUGUGAAUGAGCUGAAUAAUCGGAUGAUUUACUUCGAUUCCCGUAUUCUAUUGUCAUCUAGAAUAUUAAUUUCGGUACUUUUUAUCAAUCUUCGACCACACCAAUAUUGCUGCUUUGUUCGACCAUCGAUUAAUAUUCUGUCAAAAAACAACACCUCAACUUAGUUGUCUUUUAAAUUGCUUACGGUGUAGGUAUUGGUAUCAAGUAGAAUAUAUUUAUCCUGGAUUUGUGCAACAAACAUCCAUGCUUAAGAGCAGUUCAGAAAGUUCUCUAUGCUAGGUUUGCGAUCUGUAUGAGUGAUAUGCCAUAAGCAACCAUCGGCGAUGUUAGAUUUUAUACUUAAAUCAAAUGAAAUUUGCACACUCCAAUGAAUCAAUGCAGUAAAGAGACAUUAUAUUCAAAAUGGAUAUUUGUUGGAGAAAUCCAGCGAAAGAAUGUUUUACGCAAAACCUAAACCGCAAGCAGUUUAUAUUGAAAAUCCAAGUACUUCUUUGACAGAAUGUAAAUAAAUUAUACACAGCAAAUUAUAAAAAUUAAUUUCAAUCAGGUUUAAAGUGGCUCUUGUUCAUUUUUAA